UAACGAUGGCGCAGCUCCUAACUGUGGCUGGUGCAUUUUGCGGCUGUGGCGCGACUGACUAACCUGAAUCUCCAACACAACAAAAGAAGAAGAAGAGAGACCAAGAGACCAAAAGAAACGCCAUUAUCAACGCCUGUCUCAGCAGCUACAGCUCUACUCGCUUCUCCCGCACUGGAAUAAAGCAUUGCUACGACCAGACCCUCUCUCUCCUUCAUGAUUUGUUGAUACCCAAUUCCUUCACUUUCUGCUCCUUGUUCCCUUGCUUCCCCCACGCACGCGCCCACGCACCGCCCGCUGCUAACGACACCCCUCCAUCCAUUCGGUGAUACCUGACAUCACCAUAGUCUUGUCUCCUCCCGCCUCCCCCCCAGUCCCUCUUUUCUUUUCUAUGGACAAUAAAAUGGAGAUCGAUUCAGGACGAUCACCCGAGCCUCACCACCUCUCUCCUACAAGCGAUCCAGAGUCAAUACCCACGCUGGAUGGCUGGAUUGAGAGCCUGAUGACCUGCAAGCAGCUGGCUGAGCAAGAUGUACAGAGAUUGUGCGAUAGGGCGAGAGAGGUACUACAAGAGGAGUCGAAUGUUCAGCCAGUGAAAUGCCCAGUGACAGUUUGCGGAGAUAUACACGGCCAGUUCCAUGAUCUCAUGGAGCUGUUCCGUAUCGGCGGCCCUAAUCCUGAUACCAACUAUCUUUUCAUGGGCGACUACGUCGACCGUGGUUACUACUCCGUCGAGACGGUGACUCUCCUCGUCGCUCUGAAGAUCCGUUACCCACAACGCAUCACGAUCCUCCGCGGCAACCACGAAUCGCGUCAGAUUACUCAAGUCUACGGCUUCUAUGACGAGUGCCUGCGGAAAUACGGCAACGCCAAUGUCUGGAAAUACUUCACAGAUCUCUUCGACUAUUUGCCCCUCACCGCCCUGAUCGACAACCAGAUAUUCUGUCUCCACGGUGGUUUGAGUCCGUCCAUCGACACCCUGGACAAUAUCCGCUCGCUGGAUCGGAUUCAGGAAGUGCCCCAUGAAGGCCCCAUGUGUGACUUGCUCUGGAGUGACCCGGAUGAUAGAUGUGGGUGGGGUAUUUCGCCGCGUGGCGCUGGCUAUACCUUUGGGCAGGAUAUUUCGGAGGCGUUUAAUCAUAACAAUGGAUUGACCCUGGUUGCAAGAGCUCAUCAGUUGGUGAUGGAGGGGUACAACUGGUCGCAAGAUCGAAAUGUGGUGACUAUAUUCUCAGCUCCGAAUUACUGUUAUCGAUGCGGCAACCAAGCUGCCAUCAUGGAAAUCGACGAGCAUCUCAAAUACACGUUCCUCCAAUUCGACCCUUGCCCACGCGCUGGAGAACCCAUGGUCUCCCGCCGCACGCCAGACUACUUCCUCUAGAUAGAAAUCAUGUUCUCAUCCAAUGCAACAAUGCAAACAAUGCAAAGCACCGCGUGCCUAUCUAUUCCUCACUCAACCUUUUAUACCUAAUUACUUCUCCCUUUCUUUUUCUUUUUCUUUUUUCCUUUUCUAUUUUUGCUUGUGUCUUCUGCGCAUUUUACAGAGAGAGAUAAAAAGCAAGAAACGAAAGAAACGAACCAAAAACUCAACACAAAGAAGAAAAUUAAAUUUCCAGCUUCAUCUUUAAUCAGUUAUUUGGGUUGCAGCAACAUUACCAUUUGAUUUGCAGCUCGAGACUUUUUGCCUUUGCCCGCUUUUUUAUCUUUCUUGUCAUUUUCUUCCCCUCCCCCCGGUCUUUUUACUGUUUUUGUUUUCUUCUUUUGAUAUUAUGCAGAUAUAGUAGUAGGUUUUCUUCCCUCACCCUUCUCUUUUAUCUUGACGUUGUAUGAAUGAAUAAAUCCCCAUCCGAGCGGCUGAGUUCAUGCUCCGGGUGGGGGGAUGGGAUGGGAUCAAAAAACAAGACGCGAGGCGGACAAGAAUGCAACGGGGGGGAGUACAGAGUUCAGAAGUAAAUAGUCGUGACAACAUGAUAUGCGUAAUAGUCUUCUUUUCCUUUCUGCCUGCUUUUCUUCCUCCUUCCGCGUUGUGAGAUGGGCGGGGGGGAUGCGGGAGUGGUCUUAGGGUGAGGGAGGAUACCUAUGGAAGUUCUCAGCGCUUAUGUAGAUGUUACAUUGGGAGGGGAGACUGACUUUCUCUCGUGCGUAUGAGAGAAAGGAUCAGCGAUGCUGUCUGGAUGCGAGGCUUUGGUAGUUACAAUUAUGUCCCCCACAACUCGACCAGGUUACAGAAACAUCA